AUGGCCUCCAAGGUUCUGCAAAACCUGAAGCGAUUCUCGACAUGCGAUAUUGGCGACGCCCUGGUCAAACUAAAAUAUCCCUACGGGGGCUUUCUAGAUGGACUGAAGAUGUUCUCUCCUGAGCCAGGAACCACCAUAUACGGCCCUGCGAUCACAGUGAAGAUGGCCGAGAGCAAAAGUCCAGGACCAACACCAUCUGUGCACUUUGCAGAUGCAAACAAAAAAUGCCAUGUGAUGUAUAUUCAGCAACCUAAGGGGUUACCAUCGGCAUGUUGGGGAGGGCUUAUGUCCACGCGAGCUCAGCAGCUUGGCGCGAUGGGUGUCGUCAUCGACGGUCGAAUGAGAGACACGCAGGAGCAUCGGGAUAUCUCGUUUCCAGUAUGUCAAAUCCACUAUGUCCUGACAAACACAUACCCUCAGUUAACGAAUACAUACAGGUAUUUGCGCGUGGCACCCCUCCGCUCGAACACUUUUACACGCGCUUCCGAAAUCAACGUUCCGUUGCAAUUCCGAGGCGACUUGUGGAUACAUCCGGGUGAUAUUCUUGUGGGGGACGAGAACGGAGUAGUCGUGGUACCUCCAUCUUUGAUGGAGCAAGCGUCGCUCAGUCUGUCACAAAGGAAAACGAAAAUUCUUAUUGAGAUGUUCCAGUAUACCUUCCAGAAACGCGCUGUCUCCAGUACUAAGCGGUUUCUCUCGAAACAGCGAUGCCUUCCCGCAGCCUACUACCGCGGCGGCACUUCUCGCGCCGUCAUUUUCAAUCAAGCUGACUUGCCUCCUCGGUCAGAAUGGGACGAUAUCUUCCGCAAAGUUAUCGGUAGUCCCGAUCCGUAUGGUCGACAGCUUGAUGGCUUAGGAGGGGGCAUCUCCAGCCUCUCUAAGGUGUGCGUGGUGGGGUCAUCCACACACCCCGACGCCGACGUUGACUACACCUUCGUCUCUCUAGGGGUCAAAAAUACCGAUGUUGAUUACUCGAGUAACUGUGGCAACAUGAUCAGUGCAAUCGGUCCUUUCGCCAUUGACCAAAAGCUUGUCUCUGCACAGACAUCGGACUCGGCGACCAUCCACAUCCACAACACCAACACUGGCAAGAUUAUCACUGCCACCUUCCCAGUUGUGGAUGGAGAAGCUGCAAGUUCCGGCGAUUUUUCUAUCGAUGGCGUCGCUGGAACGGCUGCCCGGAUUCAGUUGGAUUUCAUCAACCCAGCAGGCUCGGUCACUGGGAAGCUAUUGCCAACUGGCAAUGUGCAAGAUGAAUUUGAUGGUGUCCGAGCCACCUGUAUUGAUGUGGCCAAUCCAUGCGUUUUUGUGAAAGCAAGUGACCUUGGCGUCCGGGGUGACCUCACGCCAGACGAAAUAACAGCUCACCCAACCCUGCUCCAGCGGUUGGAUUCGAUUCGGCGUCAGGCAGCAGUCAAGAUGGGUAUUGCACAGACUGUCGACGAUGUACCCGGCAGUAUUCCGAAGAUUGGCAUGGUAUCAUCGUCAGAGUCUGUCAAUAAGAAUAAGCCUGUGGAUUUACUUGUCCGGGCUAUCUCAGUUGGACAACCACAUAAAGCCGUGCCAAUCACUGUCGCACUGGCCCUCUCCUCGGCUGCGCGUGUAGCUGGCAGCAUCGUCGAGGCUACAGUGAGCAAGGAAAAAGUCAGUGAUUCCGGUAUUACGAUUGGUCAUGCAAGUGGACAUCUGCUAGUUGGAGCUCAAUUCGAUAAGGGCGAGUUGACCGCAGCGACCGUGUUUCGCACUGCCCGUCGGUUAUUUGACGGGAAUAUUUUUUGGAAGAGCUAG